AAAUUUCUUCCUUUAUUUAUAUUUACAUUUUGAUGUGAUUGUUGUGCUUUUACUUUUAUUUCAAUUUUAUUUGAAAUUAAUUUUCGAAAACAUGAACUUCAGUGGACAUUUUUUCGAAAAUAUGAAAUAAUGAAUUGUUUUUGUUGAUUGAUCAGACAUCUCUGAAGACUUGAAAUAUUUGUGAUAAUGGUGGAAGGCAACGUUACAAAAUUAUUGGAUGGAUUAUCAGUCGAAGACAACGACGAUUUGUGUGAUUUCACCUUAGCUGAUCAGAAUGAAGUCGUUGCUGCCAAAGGAAUCACCCCUAGUACACCGUCCGAUUACACCCCCAUCACGAAAAGCACCGUUACGUACAUCGUCCUGGCCAUAUUAAUAAACGAAGAUGAUGAAUUCUUAAUGAUGCAAGAAGCGAAAAGUAGCUGUGCGGGGCAAUGGUAUUUGCCUGCAGGGCGUAUUGAACCUGGUGAAAAUAUCUUGGAAGGCGUUAAACGAGAGGUAUUAGAAGAAACAGGUCUUGAAAUGGAACCUACCACUUUACUAGGAGUGGAGUGCGCCAGCAAAGCGUGGUUCAGAUUCGUAAUGACCGGUAACGUUGUCGGAGGCAGAUUAAAAACACCAGCUGAUGCUGAUUCCGAAUCUUUGCAAGCCAAAUGGAUUAAAAAUAUUAGCGAAGUGAAUCUGCGAGCUAACGAUAUUUUUCCAAUAAUUGAACGAGGAGUUGCGUAUCAUCAGUAUUUGAAAACAUUACAAACUGCUCCGGCCUCGUCACCUAUUUGGCAUCCGAAUGUUCUGCCUGUGGUCAGAGAACAUAAAAAAUUAUUGCUACGAUUGGUAGUUUGUGUGAAACAAAAAAGCAGCAAUAAAAUUCACGUUUUGGUUUCGGAAAAAACCGAAGCUCAUCUACCAUUAUGUGAAAUUAAUCACAUGAAGAAUCUUCAUUCGACUUUACGUAAAUUCAUGGUGGAAAUUUUUGGUGCUGACGUACCAGCUCAUAAACCUCAUGGUAUACUAAACGUAGAACAUGAUGGAAAACCUACUGGUAAACACGAUGGAUUCUGUAUGACAAUUUUGGUAUCUUUUCGAGUACCCCUCGAAGAAGUAUAUCCAAUUGAUAAAUAUUCAUGGGUAGCUGUAUCAAAAGAUAUUGGCGAACGUUUGAUAUCAAGGUUACCUCGCAAUUUGACCGUACCAUUGAACGUUAUAAGAUAAUUGGAUCAAUUCAAAUUUUUACUUGAAAUGGUCCAGAAUAUUAUACAAAAGUUCUUGUUUUUUUUCUCUUCGUUUUAUAAUGUUUUUGUUAUUAAUUAUCGAGUCAGCUAAUUUAAAAAAAUGACCGAGCACAAGUUACAUGUAGAAUUCUGUGGGCCUUUUUAAAAUU